CUGUCGCAUAGGAUAAAGUCAUCCGCCAGCUGCUGGCCAUCUUUCAGCCGUAUCAAACAACAGAAUCCAUCAUGUCUACCGCCACCACGCACAAGGGGGCCUGCCUCUGCCAGGGUAUUAAGUUCACGGUCACAGGUGCGCCCACAGCAACAUACUGCUGCUACUGCAGCGACUGCUCGCUUGGAGCCGGAGGUCCUUGUCAGAUUACCGCAAGCUACCCCCGCUCUCAAGUCACAUUACACGACCCCGAGGGUCUCUCGGCCACUUACGAGAUCACCAACACGAUAAGUGGCGCCCCCAAGGACAAAUGCUUUUGUAAGCGGUGCGGAUGCACUAUCUACACUGUCCCGCAGAGCACCCAGGCGGCGGGGUGCAUUGUUAUCAGGGUGGCGUUGAUUGAGAAUGGGCUGGAGUGUUUCAAGCCGGAUAUUGAAUGUUUUACUGAUCGACGUCCGCGUUGGUUUGCGGGGUGCGGAGCUGCGGAGCAGUAUGAGGGGACUUCUUGA